AUAUUAUGGGAAUUAUGAUGAUGGAAUUAGAACUGGUGAAUGGUCUAUUACUUAACAUGGUUUAAAUACAAUUAAGUAAUUAUCUAUUUAUAUUUAGUGGUGGAGGUAAAUAUUCAUCAAAAGGAAUAAAGAUUGAUUCAUAGAUUGAUUCAUGGAUUGAAAUUAUUCCACAUAUUGGAUAUUGCAAUUUAAUGUAAUUUAUACUUAUUCAAUUUAGAAUUCUUAAGUAUAUUGGAGAUUAAAAUAAUGAUACAAGAUUUGGUUAAUGGGAGAUUAUGCAUUAAAAAUAGACGUAAUUUUAAAUUUAAUGAAUAAAGAGGUGGCGGAUCUUAUUUAAUAAAUGGAAUGA